CACAAAGAGACCAGGGAACGUUCUAUCAGUACAGUCACAUGGAGCGGGGGGACAGACAGGUUAAAAGGAUUUAUAUGAUCACUGUCUAGACUGACUGCAGCCUUUAACACAGAGUUAUGAAGACGAGGAAGCCUCUGGUGGAGAAAAGGAGGAGAGCAAGAAUUAACGAGAGUUUGCAGGAGCUGCGGGGCAUCCUUGCUGACACAGAGUUUCAGUCGAAAAUGGAGAAUGCUGAAGUUCUAGAAUUGACUGUGAAACGUGUACAGAGGAUCCUUCAAAGCAGGACAGCUGAGUCGGAAAGGUUACAGCAUGAGGCCAGUGAGCGUUUUGCCGCAGGAUACAUCCAAUGCAUGCAUGAAGUGCACACGUUUGUGUCCAACUGCCCUGGUAUAGAUGCCAGUCUAGCUGCUGAGCUGCUCAAUCACCUACUGGAGUCCAUGCCUCUAAGUGAGGGUAGCCUGCAGGAUCUAGUUCUGGAUGUGCUGCUAGAUUCCCCAAAUGCUGAGGCUGGAUAUGGUUUAGGGAUGCAAGCAUCAUCUUCUGAGGACAGUUGCUCUGACACAGAAGACACAGAAAUUGGAAAAGGUGUCCAUGGGACUGUGCAGGACAGUGACCGAACACCUGAGCUUAAGCCCCCUACACCUACAAUGUGGAGGCCAUGGUGACCUUGAGAAGGAGUAGUGAUGAGCACGGAGAUCACCAGUCCUACUACUUCAUCCAGUUGUAAUAUAAACAAUUUCUGAAAUUGUAUUGUUCUAUCUACUUGCAACUGAGGCUCGGAAACUUGGACAAACUAACACUGCCGUACAUGCCGCAGCAUCAACUUGCUGGGUCGCUGACAGGAUGCCAUUCUGUACAGAUACUUCACUUAAUUACAAAAUGCUGUUUGUUAAAAAAAAGCCUGGACAUUCUAUAUAAAUUCAACAUUGUUUUAAAGUGCAAAAUAUUGUAUAGAUGCUAUUCAUUAUAAUGCACACAAUGUUCAUGACCAUUGUUUAGAUUCUGUCCUUUCGUCCACAUAGUACAGAUCUGUCUCCCGUUAUUGGUCAAUAUUUCUAAUAUUUUAGUGAUUUGCAGACUCUCCCAGCCUACAGGAUAGUGCUAAGCUCAGUUAGAGAUCAUUAACAGGUCGGGGUUUUGGUCUACCACUACUUUAAUGAACUGAAUUCAGUUAAGGCACUAACUUGUGCACAAACGGGACUAUACUGACUUGUUAGAAAUUCUCCUAGGAUUACUACAGAAAGACCUAUUGUGUUGUCCAACUGCUGGUCAAGCCCAACAGCCAAUGAAGGCCUAUAAGCCAGAGGUUAAUUUGCCUAUUUGGGGAAAAGGCUAAGACUUUUAUUCAAUGGAGGGAAAGUGUAUAUAGGGUGAUUUAGUUAGGCCUCUCAGGCUGUAUAUGCAUAGUGAUAGUGCAUUGGAAUUUAAUCCCUAGAAGGGAUGUCUAGUGUUUAGGUAACUUGAGGUUCUACCUUCAGUGAAGGAGACUGUAGAAGUUUGUUUGGAUACCGAUUUGAAGGGUGCUAUAGGAAAACAAACAUUUUCUGAAUUUGCAGGAAUUUUUGUGUAUAUUAGGAAGGUAAAGUGUUGUGACGUCUUUUGUUUUUAGUGUUUUUCUUUUGUUUUUUUUCUUAAUGUGUGUGUAUAUAGACAAAUGUUUUAACACGGAUUUGGGAGCUGGUGCCUGAGUCUUCGUCAUGCCCUUGCACCAUUUCAUAAAUUCAUUUUUCUCCAUUUUGUGCAUCCCUCUGGCAAGCACUUAUCUAUCUUUGUUUUUUGUGUUUAGUGUAAAACUGCUCAUCCCAGAACUAAAUGUUUUUUAUUCAUUAUUUUAUACAUACUAAAAUGUACUGGUGUAUGUCAGCAGAUAGUUCUACUGUGCAUUCAUUACUGAAAAUAAAUGAAGGCUCUUUUGGGAACAGUCUGUUUCUCUUUAUGAUAUUCAAAGAAAUUGUGGGACUUUAUAGCUCAAACUAUGUGUGUCCUGUUUGUAACAUAAUUAACAGAUUAUUAAACCGUAUAUUACAAAGCACUAUUAAACUAUACAUUUUGUAUUUAUUUGUA